AUGCAGCGGUUUUCAGCCAGGUCUGCGAGUGCAGUCGCCACCGUCGGAGGCGGGCGCACCUUCUGGGACCCGUUCGGCCACCAGCCCGAGUCCAUGUUCCUAGACCGCAAGGACUUGAGCCAAAUGUACCCAACCCAAAAGCCGAAGACAACUGGCGGUGGGUUUGGCUACGAGCGCGGCCCGUACUGGGCGGCGAUGCUUGUGCCUAACCCUGCUGUGCGCCUGCCGCACGAGCGGCGCCGCCUGAACCCGAAGCCAGCGAAGUGCGUCACCGUCUUUGGCGCCAGCGGCUACCUAGGAGCUGAGAUUGUGCGAGAGCUGUGCGAGCACCGAGAAAUCCAAAAAGUACGCGCCACCACGCGCUACCCCACGCUCAUCCUACAAGGAUCCGACCUCGACAUUCUCCUUCGCACCUACCCAGAGAAGCUAGAACUGCACGAGUGCGACGUGACAGACCGUAUUCAAGUGAACGUCGCCGCGAACGGGAGCGACACUCUUAUCUUCGCUGUCGACUACCAUGCCGAGUAUGCCAAUAAUAGCCAUCACGACGUGUUCCUGAUCGGAGCAACAAACGUCAGCUGGACUGCGCGCAGCGUGCGGGCAGAGCGCGUCAUUUUCUGCAACGGCCUCGACGCCACCUUUGCAUCAGAGUCGAACUAUGUCGACUUCCGCGCCCGCGGCGAGGAUGCCGUUGGUGCCAACCACCCAGAUGCCACGAUCAUCCGCUUCGGCCCGCUCUACGGCAAGAACUACCGCUACCGCGGUCUGGGCCGCUACAUCUAUCCGGCAUGCUUCCCAAACACGCAGGUGCAGCCGACAUGGGUGGUGGACGCCGCGCGUGCCGUUGUACGGUGCUCCAUGUCUCACCGCGCCGUGCGCUACAAAUUCGAUCUUGGUGGCCCGCAGACGAUGACCCACGUGGAGGCAUUCCGAGAGAUUGCGCGCUACUUCGAGAAGCGCCUUGUAGUACCGUGCUACCGUGGCUUUGGUCGCUUUUUUGGCAAACUCGCCGCCUGGACAGUGCCAAACCCGUGGUUCGACGACAACUACAUCCUCACCUUCGAACUGGAUCAGGUGAACCGCCGUAGCACGCUGUUUGACCGUCUGGCGAGCUGGGAACGUAUCGCCUACACGCCACACACAAUCCGCGAGGCUGCCGAGAUCGAACGGAGUACGCGCAAGCUCGCCCCCUUGCACGAGCUCGACGUCGCCUUCAGGGAGCUUGAGGCAGCAGACAAGGCGGCUUUUGAGCAGGAGGAGGAGGCGGCGAAGAAGUUCGGAAUUUAUCGCGCCAAGGCAGAGCCCGGCUUUGGCCGCACUGACGGUCUCGAGGCCCUCGCGCAGGAGAUUUACCCAGGCCAGCAAUUCCGCAUCAAGCCGCUGGCGGGUGCCAAGUACCCAUCCAGCGUCACGAAUCCUGGCCCAACAGCGAUUCAAUAG